UCACAGACCUGUCUGUUGUUCGCACUCGCCUCGGAGCAGCAGGAGCGCCUGUGUGUAUGUGACAGUGGUCUGCUUUGAUUCAUGCUGCCGUGGAGCCUCGUUUCUGGAUUGGCAGAACAAUUAAUGCGGCCAGAACAGAGCGCAUGAAGGAGGGGAAAAUGAAUGUGGAGGCUCUGAGCAGAGCAGAGCUGCUGACUCUCCUCAGUAUCUUGGAGGGCGAGCUGGAGGCCCAGGAUGUGGUCAUACACGCCCUUAGGGCUCAACACAGAGAUGCUUUCAUCCAGGAGCGCUACGGCCAGUACGACCUGAGCGAUCCAUUCCUGGCGUUGCAGCGGGACAGCGAGGCCGCGGAACGCCAGAACACGCUCACGCAGCCACAUGCGCACCUGCGGGGUCGGGCGGUGGGCCCAAAUCCUCUGGCUGUGCUUAAACUGGUCAUGGCUCACUGCAAGAGGAUGCAGGACAGGAUGAUGGGACAGCUGGCUGCUGCUGAGAGCAGACACAGGAGGAUGAUAGCUGACCUGGAGGAGGAGAAACAGCAGCGUGCCCAGGACUCCGCACAGAGCGAUGAUUUUGCUGUCAUGCUGCAGACAGAAAGAGACAAACUGCUGCAACAGUUGGAAGUAGAGCGUGCAACUGUGCGGAGGUUAGAGAAGGAACAAGCACAGUUGGUGAGCAAGGUGGAGGAGUCACUGACCCAGCAGCAGCAGCUCUCCUCCACUCUGUCCCUGGAGCUCCAGAAAGCCAGCAGCCAGGCUCAGGAGGAGGCUCAGAAGGUCUCCCAACUUCGCACCUUGCUCCAAGAAGAGACCGGCGCCCUGGAGAAGCUCCGGGGGGUUCUUGAAGAUGAGAGGAGCAGGGCAGCCCAGCUAGAGGCCAGGUCUGAGAGGCAGCUGGCAGAGUUUGACACAAAACGAGAGCAGCUGAAAGCCAGGAUCAGCAAAGAGGAGGAGAGGAGUAGGGAGCUAGAGAGGCAGGUGGAGGAAUUGAGGAAGAGGUUGGCUCAGCCCGAGGGAUGUAAAGAAGAGGUAAAAGAGGCUGCGACAGAAGUCAAAGAGUCACUUUCCAAGAUGAUGGUGGUGUCUACCUCUGUUCAGACUGAACCGGAUGGAAAGGUGACUGUCGCUCCUAAAUCCACCUCGCUGUCAAAGGUCAAUGGCCAUCACAGUCAUAAAGAGACAGAAGCAACACAGGAAGGGAGGGGAGCAGAAAAUGCAGGGGUGGUAGAGAAUGGGGUAGGAGCACCUUUGCAUUCCCCUCUUCACCCUCAUCCUCACCCUCACUCUCCCUCCAGCACGGCCUCCUCUUCUCUCUCGUCUUCCCCCAUUUCCUCCCCUGUUCUUGCCAAGCGUCUGGGCAGCCCGGGCUUCCAUCAGUCAUCCUAUCAGGCUGGGGUCAACCAGCGUUUCCAGGCCGCCAGGCACAAGUUCCAGAGCCAGGCUGAGCUGGAGCAGCAGCAGCACAGCGGCCCCCUCUCCCCCAGGGACCUCUCCCCGACCACCUCCUCCAUUCCUCCCCCACCAGAGCACAGCGCAGCCAAGCAGCUGGCCCGCAACACUGUCACUCAGGUGCUGUCCCGCUUCACCAGCCAGCAAGCUGGAGUCAAGCUGGCUCCGAUCAGCAGCUCCCCGUUUGGUACAGACUACCGCAACCUGGCAGCUUCUCCACCUGGUGGGAGGUCGCCUUCUUCGGGGCCCCUGUCGCCAGGCAUCCGCUCCCCCCUCACCCCUCGCUCAGAGAGGACCCACCCUCCUCCGAUCCCUCCAAAGAAGCCAGGCAUGAGUCCAACUCCAGGCUCCCCGAGUCACUCCGCCAGGACCAGCCUCUUCCCAGAGCUGACCGGGAACUGUGGGCACAACAACAAUGGGCAGGAGGGAGCUAAGGAACCGGACCUGGUUUUAUCUUCUAGCAGCUAACGGCCAGAUGAUACAAACUAAAAGCUAAAUGAGUCAGGCCUUAAUCAGCAGUUACUGUAAUAUUCACCUUUGCUAGCCCUUGAGCCAACUUCAGAGCACUCAAAAUCAGUAGUAUAGACACUUCAAAGCUGGACUGGUUCAAACAGAUGCAUUUAAGGUUUUGUUACACCCCUACCUCUAUGCCACAACUUGAGAAACAAUCGGAAAAGAAAAUAAUAUAGUAUAUUAUCAACUCUCUCUUUGGAUUUAAUAUUUCUAGUAUUAACUUUCCUGUCUUUAUUUCUUUAUAUAGAAUAUUUGUGUUUGAAAUUUCUAGAAAGAAAGUAUUUAUCUCAGUCCACUGUAACCCUAUACUGAGGGUGUUGAGAAACCAUAUAUAAAGAAACCUGUUGAUUUUGAAGAAAAAAAAAUAGAUGGGAUUUCAUAGCACAGCACCCCUUUUCUUUACCCUUAAUGCUCAAACUGCCAGUCCUGUUGGAGUUGAAAAAGAAGACUUUAGUGAGAUAUAAAACUAUAUAGCUAGUAGAGGGGCUAAAAAUACAUGGAUGUAGAGUAUAGCAAAUGUGUAGGCAUCACCAUCACAAUAAAAUAGUGAGUAGUUUUUAAAUGUUUUCCCAGUGGAUUCUCACACAGUUCAUUUGGAGAUGGUCUAUGAAAACAAUAUUGUACUGUAAAUAGUUUUAAUGAAUAACAUCACAUGCAUGUUUUUCUACUAGUCAUGAAUACACUGAAUCUUGUUUUGAAAAGGGAGAGCACACUUUGCACUACAUUACUGUAAGAUACUGUAUGUCUACAAUUUCAGAUGUUUUAUUCAGGGAAGGUUCAUCUCUGCUUCACCCAAACCAAGAAGGACUAUGUGUCACAGUUAUGUGAUAACCCUUUGGUGUGCUCCAUCAAUUAAGAUAAUGAGCACUAAAGGUUUGAAUCUUGCUACUUUUAACUAUUCUUUCUAUAGUAUAUGUCAAAUGCUUUACAUAGUAUUGUGUCUUGUCCCAGCAACACUACACAUCAGAUAUUUUCUUUAGGUUUACUGUGUUUUUCUUUUGUGUUUUCUAGCUUUAAUACCAAGAAUCGACUGAAAUUAUUUUAGCCCACCAAUUUAAAUCAGUCAAUUUAAACACUGUUUGUCUAUGAGGGGCAACGUCUGUCAGCUGUAUCCAGUAAAUAUGCAUAUCAUGAACACCUGCAACACCUAGUGCUAUUUUAAAUAAAUUACCCAAGCCUUAAAGCUUA